GAUUUUGAAAUGUCCAUGUUGUUAAUACUAUUUCUCUUUCCAGGGGAGGCACCUGCUGCAGAAGUUUCCUCAUCUUUUGUGAUCCUAUCUGUGGGCAGUUUAAUGUUAUUAAUAGUGUUAAUUGUAAACUGUGUAUCCUGCUGUAAGGACCCAGAAAUAGAUUUUAAGGAAUUUGAAGAUAAUUUUGAUGAUGAGAUAGAUUUCACACCACCAGCCGAAGAUACUCCCUCUGUUCAAUCUCCAGCAGAAGUUUUCACACUUUCAGUGCCAAAUAUUUCACUACCAGCUCCAUCGCAGUUCCAGCCUUCUGUAGAAGGCUUGAAGUCUCAAGUUGCCCGCCACAGUCUAAACUAUAUACAGGAAAUUGGAAAUGGCUGGUUUGGAAAGGUCCUCCUUGGAGAGAUUUAUACAGGCACUAGUGUGGCGAGAGUGAUAGUGAAGGAGUUAAAAGCAAGUGCAAGCCCAAAGGAACAAGACACUUUUUUGAAAAAUGGAGAACCUUACUAUAUUCUUCAGCAUCCGAAUAUUCUCCAGUGCAUUGGACAGUGUGUAGAAGCAAUUCCCUAUCUUCUGGUGUUUGAGUUCUGUGACUUGGGCGACCUAAAAGCUUACCUGCGCAGUGAGCCCACGCGGGGGGAUUCGCAGACGAUGCUGCUGCAGCGGAUGGCGUGUGAGAUCACCGCGGGGCUGGCCGCCAUGCACAAGUUGCACUUCCUGCACAGUGAUUUAGCCCUGCGGAAUUGUUUUCUUACCUCGGAUUUAAAUGUGAAAGUGGGAGAUUAUGGAAUAGGGUUCAGCAGAUACAAGGAGGAUUAUAUUGAAACAGAUGAUAAAAAAAUUUUCCCUCUGCGGUGGACUGCUCCAGAAUUAGUAACCAGCUUUCAAGACAGACUACUAACUGCAGAUCAAACUAAGUAUAGUAAUAUCUGGUCCCUGGGUGUGACCCUUUGGGAACUAUUUGAUAAUGCUGCUCAGCCUUAUUCCAACCUUUCCAAUUUAGAUGUUCUCAAUCAGGUCAUUCGAGAGAGAGACACGAAACUCCCAAAGCCUCAGCUGGAGCAGCCUUAUUCUGAUAGAUGGUAUGAAGUUUUACAGUUCUGCUGGCUGUCACCAGACAAGAGACCAGCGGCUGAAGACGUGCAUAGACUGCUCACCUACCUGCGCAUGCAAAGCCAGAGGGACUCAGAGGUCGACUUUGAACAGCAGUGGAACGCUCUUAAACCCAAUGCCGAUAGCAGAGAUGCUUCAAGCAAUGCUGCCUUCCCAAUCCUCGACCACUUUGCCAGGGAUCGGCUUGGUCGUGAGAUGGAGGAAGUCCUCACUGUGACUGAAACCAGCCAGGGCCUGAGCUUUGAGUAUGUCUGGGAGGCAGCCAAGCAUGACCAUUUCGACGAGCGCAGUAGGGGCCACCCAGAUGAUGCCUUGUCCUACACAAGCAUCUUCUUUCCAGUUGAAGUUUUUGAGAGUUCGCUUUCGGAUCCUGGGCCCGGGAAGCAAGAUGACAGUGGCCUGGAUGUCACCCGGAAGGCACCCGGGGUGGUUCCCGUUUUUGACGCCCACAACCUUUCUGUUGGAAGCGACUAUUAUAUCCAGUUAGAAGAAAAAAGUGGUAGCAACUUGGAGCUUGCUUGCCCCCCUGUGCUGCUCACAACUGAAGUGGGUAAUCCAGAACAGAUAAGUGGGGAGGCACCCCAGUGUCUGACACUCAGGAGUCUGGAAUUUGAGGAGUCCAGUGCAGAUGAGGAUUUCUUCCCAGGCAGUGCAGACCCCAAAGACCCCAGCAUACCUGAGGACGUACAUGCUGCCAGGGGCCCUGAGAGCCCUUUCAAUGAUAUAUUUAGUGAUCUUGACAAAGCAGAGGAUUUGCCCUGUCACCAAAAAAUAUUUGACUUAAUGGAAUUAAAUGGUGUUCAAACUGAUUUUAAGCCAGCCUCGUUAAGUUCAAGUUUGGGUGACCCCAAAGAGUCAGCAACAGCGUGCCACUUUGAGAGAGAAAAGCCCCAUAUGCUUUUUGACAGUGAACCUCUUUGCAUAUCAGAAAACCUUAUGCACCAAGAUAAUUUUAGUCCUCUGAAUGUCCAAGAAUUGACAGAAAACUUUUUAUUUCUUCAAGAGAAAAACCUACUAACAGAUUCAUUGUCUAGCAAAGAACAUAUAAAUGAUCUUCAAACAGAACUUAAAAAUGCUGGUUUUACUGAAACUGUAUUAGAAACUCCACGUAAAAACUCUUUAGACACUGAGCUUAAGGUUGCUGAAAAUAAACUAGACUUCCCUUUAUUGCAGGAAAGUAUGAGCGCAAAGGGUAAAGAUAUGGGUACUGUGCUCAAGGGUGACACUUUGAACAUCUCAUUGCCGUCUUCCCCGGAAGUGCAGGUACCUCCUACCUCACUCAAAACAGAAGGAACGCCUUGCAAUGUACCUCCAGAAAUGUUCCCAAAGCAGGGAGAAAUCAAAUGCACGUGCAUAGAUGUCAGUAUCCAUGAAGACUCUCUCUGCCAAGAAAUAAAUCCAGACUCUGUGACUAUCUCAGUUGAACCUCCCUUGACUGCUGCCAAAAUGCAUAAGAUUAGUGACGGGUCCAGUGACUUGACCCACCAAAGUGAGGAGGCCUUGAAACUAACCCAAACUGACUCAGUUGUUGUUAAUGACAUUUUUGCCAGUAAGGUGAGUAUAGGUAAUAGGCUUCCAGAAUUUAGGCAGAACUUAGGGAAUCAGCUGCUUUCAGAAGACCAUCAUAGUAACAGUCUGCUGGCGAAAAACCUGGAGGCCGUGGAGACUUUGAAUCAGUUGAGUUAUAAAGAUGCUACAAAAGAGACAGGCUUGGCAUCCACCCUUUCCUCACACUCUACCAGUCAAGACAGCCUUUUAGAAGACAGUUUGUCAACACCCAUUCCAAUUUCAGAGCAGUCUGUGGAGACCCCGGACUCUCUGGAUUCAGUGGACGCCCAUGAAGUCUUACUGGGCUCUUUAGGCUCCCACAGUCCUCAGAAGCUCCUGCCCCCUGAUAAACCCGCAGACAGUGGCUACGAAACAGAGAAUUUGGAGUCCCCUGAAUGGACUCUGCACCCUGCUCCUGAUGGCACCUCAGCCUCAGACGCGGCCACAGAGGGUGAUGGCGGGCACAACGGUUUGCUUCCCAACCCUGUCAUCGUCAUCUCAGAUGCAGCUGAUGGACACAGAGGUGCAGAAGUGACCUCACAGACUUCUGCAUCUGGCUCCCAGAACUCAUACCGAGACUCUGCCUACUUCUCAGAUAAUGAUUCUGAGCCUGAUAAGAAGUCUGAGGGGGUCCCAGGAUCCUUAGCAUCAGCCUUGGUUCUGCUAACAGAUCAGCCCCUGCCUGAGCCAGUCACCCCAGAACAAAGUUCUAGUGCCACGGAGAGUUGCCUGGAAACCAAAAAUAGCCAGCUAGAUCAAAGUUGUCUGCCUGCUUCACAAAAUUCCAGUCACCUAGAAUCGGGGGAAAUGUCAGAACCAGCACUGCCUGACUUUUCCAAGCAGACGCAUCAUCCUGCAGGCGAGGCCAGUGGUCCCUUGAGUCUGUUGAACUCAGAGCUGAGCAGCGGUGAUGACUAUGAGGCACAAGAGGAGCAGUCCUGCAAGCUCGCCUCCACUGGAACCAACACCAAUGAGCUCCUUGCCUUUGCAAACUCCACCCUCCACCCUGGCAGCCCAUCCGAGGGCCCCAAGUUGAAGGAGCCAGAUAUUGAAGGCAAAUACCUGGGGAAACUCGGCGUGUCGGGGAUGCUCGACCCCUCCGAGGAUGGAAUUGAUGCAGACGAGGAGGACGAAAACAGUGAUGACUCUGAUGAGGACCUGCGGGCUUUCAACCUGCACAGCCUCAGCUCCGAGUCAGAGGAUGACACUGAGCACGCCGUCCCCGUGAUCCUCAGCAAUGAGGACGGCCGGCACUUACGGAGCCUAUUGAAACCCUCAGCUGCUGUCCCCAUUGAUCAGCUACCAGAUGACUGGAAAAAGGAAAAGAAGGCGGUGACGUUUUUUGACGAUGUCACAGUCUAUCUGUUUGACCAGGAGACCCCCACCAAAGAGUUGGGGCACUGUGGAGGUGAAGCACGUGGCCCCGAAUUGAGCAGCCCAGCACCAUUGUCAGGUUCUCCAUACCUGAGCAGAUGCAUAAAUUCCGAAAGUUCAACUGACGAAGAAGGUGGAGGCUUUGAGUGGGAUGAUGACUUCUCCCCAGACCCCUUUAUGUCAAAGACGACAAGUAACCUCCUUAGUUCCAAACCUUCUCUUCAAACGUCAAAAUACUUUUCUCCGCCACCGCCGCCCCGGAGUGCAGAGCAGAGCUGGCCUCAUGCGUCGCCGUAUUCCAGAUUCUCCAUCUCUCCUGCCAACAUUGCCAGCUUUUCUCUCACACACCUAACCGACUCGGACAUCGAGCAAGGAGGAAGCAGUGAAGAUGGAGAAAAAGAUUAGGUAGAUGCUGACACCCUUUUGGGUUUUAGGCGGCCCCCACCAGGGCAACAUUCCUGUGCUGCCAGCCGAGCAAUGACAUCUCCUCACAUCUGCUGAAAGGAGACUGGGAGAAAGACUUGGGAGGCAAAAGGGAGCCGGGCUGGCUCCGUGCCUGUGGAAGCCUGGCGGGAGGCCACUCGCAGCUGUGCCUGCUCACCCACUGGGGUGCUCAUGCUCAGUCAUCCUACGGGAGCACAGCCCCUGCUCUGGUGUGUGGGGAACUGUAGGCUCUGGGUUGUUGCUGGUUUCUAUGAGGGGUGUUCUCUGCGUCCUCACCUGUGCAUACUGUCUGCACAGGGGGCCCGGAGGACGCAUGAGCAGAAUGGGCACCGUGAGCCAUAUUUAUUUAUU